GGUGACGAGCAGCAGGAGACCCAAGCCCAGCGCACAGGUGGCCCCGAGGUGAGGCCGCAGCUCCAUGGCGACAGUGCGCGGGGGCGCGUCCCCGCCAAGGCCCGCGCCUCCCCGAGCGCGGCUCAGCCGCACCCCUCGCGCCCCAGAGUUUCUAGCUCGGUGACCCUGAGGAAGUGAUGUCUGACGGAUGUGGGUGGGGCCUCCGGGGUCCGCGUGACACGGAUUUACCAACAGCAUGAAUCAAGAAAAGUUAGCCAAACUUCAGGCUCAGGUCCGGAUAGGGGGCAAGGGUACAGCUCGCAGAAAGAAGAAGGUGGUACACAGAACAGCUACAGCUGAUGACAAAAAACUUCAGAGUUCUCUAAAAAAACUGGCUGUGAAUAAUAUAGCUGGUAUUGAAGAGGUGAACAUGAUUAAAGAUGAUGGGACAGUUAUUCAUUUCAACAAUCCCAAAGUCCAAGCUUCCCUUUCUGCUAACACCUUUGCAAUUACUGGUCAUGCAGAAGCCAAACCAAUCACAGAAAUGCUUCCUGGAAUAUUAAGUCAGCUUGGUGCUGACAGCUUAACAAGUCUUAGGAAGUUAGCUGAACAGUUCCCUCGGCAAGUGUUGGAUAGCAAAGCACCAAAACCAGAAGACAUUGAUGAAGAGGAUGAUGAUGUUCCAGAUCUCGUAGAAAAUUUUGAUGAGGCAUCAAAGAAUGAAGCUAACUAAAAUUUUUUUUCUGUGUUUGGAAGCUGGCAUGGACUAGAUUUAACAAAUCAGCUAUGUGGUUCCAAAGUUUUACAGACAUGGAGAACAUCAACUGUUACUAGUUCAGUAAUAUAAAUAUUUUGUAUAUUAAUAAUGCUGUUUGUUUAGCAUUUUUCGGUCAUUUGAUUUUGCAUUUUGCACUUCCUCCCAGGAUCUAUUCUUUUGGUCAAAAUACGAAGUAUUGGUGCAGUUUGAGGGUGUUUUGGUGUUUGAUUCUCAGUUUUCUGUUUUUUUUUGUUUGGGUAUUUUUGGUAUGUGUAUGUCUGUGUAUGCGUGUGGGUAUGUAUGUAUACAGUGGAGAGCAAAUUGGAAAACGGUUCUAUUUAUCGUCCUUCUUCCCCCCAGUAGAAAAUAAAACAAAUCUUUACAUUUGUUACUUUUAUUUUUUUUUUCUAAUCACAGAAUUAAUGAAAAGUGACUGUCUUCGAUUUCAUAUCUGAGGAGAUUUUGCCCUUGGAAGUUUGGUUUUAAUUUGCUUUGUUAACAUAUUUUUCAUACAUUCCUCUGGGUUUAAAAUGUCUUGAGAUAUUUUACCACCAGCUCCAUGUUGGCAUAGUGGGUAGCAUAUCUUUGGUGCGUCUGCCUUAGAUUCACUUACCUAGUUAGACCCAGAAGAUUUUCUUCUAGCUUUCUUCCUAAAUGCCUUUUUCCCUUUCCUUUUGGGCUCCCAGUGGCCUGGUCAGCCUUUGGUAAUGCUCUUCCUCAUCUUCUACUAGCCUGAGAAGGAUGUUCUCCAUAUAGAGUUAAGUGAGUGCCUAAUCCCUCUUUUGGUAAGACCUUUUUCCCCUCAUCUUAAGGAACAACAGCUCCAUCUUCAACUUUUUAUUUCCCUCUUGAUUUUAUAGUUUGGUAGAUUUCAAACAGGAAUAGCUAGCAUGUGCUUGCUAAAUAAUUUUAUGCCAGCCUUAUCCUGUAUACUAGCUGUUCUUAAUAAAACAGGGCAAAAUGCCUGUUUUCAGCAAGGUUAAAAUUAGGAAUGUCCUUUUGAGUCAGAAAAAGAUAGGCCAUAGACUCAUUCCCCAACACAAAUGGUCAUUCUAUGAAAUGGUACUGGGCCCAGGAGGAUUUCUUCAACCACUCUCCUACUCUUGGUCUUGAACCUACCUCUGGAUUAGAUCUUACUGUUGUAGCUGCUCACAGCAUCCUCCUGCAUGCUUAGAGUAAUGCUUUUGGGGGAACACUGGUAAAAUACAGUAUUUAUUUUUUUCACCUCCUUUCAGAGGACUUGGAGGUAAGCUGCAUUCAUUAAUUCAAGUUUCCCUCUUGCUGUCUGAUGAUAAAAGCUUGCAUUUUGCUAUAUCAGCAUUUGUUAUAGCCAAUAUUUAAGGACAAGAGUUAGAAAAUCUAUCAUUUCCUGGCUUACCCGCAGACUAUGGCUUAACCUUGCAGCAUAUCAACUUAUGUUUCAAGCUAGAUAUCUUUAUUUGAUAUCUAAAGUGCAAGACCAACAACAUAUCAAGAGAUCUAUAGGCAAGAAGGCAAAGCUCUUGUAUUUUUUUCAUCCAGACACUUCAAUUUAUUUUAUAAAUUUGUUCAUUUUUCCUGUUCUGUUUUAUAUAAUACAUGGACUUAACUACAAAAUAAAGUAACAGUAAUAAAAUAACAAAAGAG